CGCUGGCCAUGGCGACCUAGGCCGUCCGCCGCCUGCCUUUUGCCCCCGGACCUCCAGGCCGCUGCAUUUGUCACCACUCCCAAUCCCUCCUGCGCUCUCUUUCCCCAUCGUAGCAGCUUCAAAAGACCUCCGUCCUGUCACCAGCGGUAUUCCCCUGACCGGCUCCCUCUGCGCAUCUCGCCCUUCGCAGCUGAACGAGUCGCUACGACCCGACUAUUUUGUGGGACCCCCACUCGGCCGGUUCGCUGCACCGCACCCUGGUGAUAUCAUUUCUCCAAGGCGAGCGCCCGCAGCCGGCGAUCUUUACCCGCCGCGCAGCGGUACCACAACCACAAAACCACAACCUCCAAAUCUGACGCCCUUCCUAUCUCCUCUGCCUCCUCGCCUGGUCCACGAUGGCGGCACCUGUCAACAUGGAGCAGAAGACUAUGGACGUCAGCUGGAUGACACAUGACAAAGGUGCUUUGGCGAAGCGUAAUACGGCAAAGCCAGGAUCGUCGCCGCCGGCUAACGAUGCGAUAUCGCCUUCGGGAAAGCCAAGCACCACGACACCAAAGGCUGACGCCAACGGCAAGACCCCAACUUCAACCACCACACCCAUCCCGCCUCCUGCAUCUGCCGACAACAAUGCGACGACGGCACCCAAGACGGUUCCGGGUAAAAGAGCUCCGGUAGGGACUAGGACCGGACCGAACGAGAAGCUAUCGAGCUCGGCAGGCACCCCUCCGCAGCGGCGUGGCUCCUGGUUCUCCAGCAUGGCCUUGAAGCUUUCAGGGUCGCCUGGUAAUGCUAUUAAUGCCAAUCCCAGUCCUACUGCCAAUGGAGAUGGCGAAGAUAUCGCACCGUUGCCAAAGAUAUCGCCUAGCAAAAAUGCUGUGCUUCCUCAUGCGUCACGACCCAAUGGCGAUGCCCCUUAUGUGCCUGCGCCGCCAAGAUCCGGCCAGCCUGGCUUCCUCGGGGUUUUCCGUCGCCUCUCUUCCACGAACAAUGUCAACAACGGCAACAACCGGCUGGGGAAUGGUCUGGUCGAUCGCAAGAUACUCAAUGUCGACAAGAACCGAGAGAGGUGUCGGGUGGCCGAACUACCCCAGGCCAAGCUCCGUCGCGUAGCAUUCUGCGUGGAUGUCGAAAUUGCUCCCAUGCCGAAAUACGGCGAUGACAGCACAGGAGGCACAAGACAAUCCGGCGAGAAGAUACAGAAGAAGAAGAUUGCGGAGAAAGGUGAGGGUGAAGCACUCAAGAACCCGGAUGCGGUGAAGGAGCAGAAAGAAGGCUCGGGUAUCGUGCAAGCCACCGGUGAACAACUACCGAAGGAGCCGAAGGAGGCUGCUGAAAGCGACGCGACCGUGGCGCCCACAACAGACAACGGCAUCGCAGUGGCAGGGUCAGACGACUCAAAAUCGGAGAAGGACACAACACGGAAAAAGGAGAAGAAGAAAGGAAAAGAGGCAGAGCGCAAAGCAAAAAAGGAGCAGAAACGGAGGGAGGCACUCGAGAAGGGCGCUAUACCAAUGGAGAUUCACUUGGACUCUGAUUCCUCCAAUGACGACAGACUUCCUGCCGGGACGCCGCGAGUACAGUCGACGCCAACAACGAACCCCGCCAGGAUAUACCGCCGAUGUUGCCAGCUCCGCGAGACAGACAUCCUCACGAAGAUCACACUGCAGCUGCCAAAAACGACGUCAAAGGCCACGGACAACAUCGUUGACAAAUUAGACCUCACUGGUUAUUUUCUGUCCCUUCAAGAUCUCAUCACCCUCGGUGACUUCCUGGCCAUCGUGCCGGUACGCGAGGUCAUCCUGGAGGGCUGCGGUCUUGCCGACGAAGGGAUGCGGGUCGUUCUUGCUGGACUUCUUGCCGCCAGGCGACCCAGAGCCCGCAGGCGAAAAUCUGUCACUGUCCCAGCCGAUCUAAGUCCACAAGGUGGCGUGGUCGAAAGGCUAGUUCUCAAGAACAACAAGAUUGGCGUGGAAGGAUGGAAACACAUCUUCACGUUCAUACAUCUGUGUCGGUCGAUCAAGUACCUCGACUUGUCGAAUCUCACCUUUCCGGGCCCGACCGAGCAGGCGAAACCAUCGCCCCACCAUCACCUGCAUUUUCCUCAUCUCUCUCACCAAUCUCCCGUGCCGAUCGAUUUGGCGACAUUGUUUUCGAGGGCUUUGGGAGAGCGUCUGGGCGGGAAAGAUCUCGAGCUGCUCAACAUCUCCUCAACGGGCAUGAACUCAGAACAGCUCAAGGUCGUGAUUGACGGCUGCAUCAAGUCUGGUCUGAUACGACUCGGACUUGCCAACAAUCACCUGGAUGCUCUGGCGUUCGAACAAGUUGCCCGCUACCUUCGCGAGGGCAGAUGCGAAGGACUAGACAUUGGAGGCAACGACUUGCGAGAUCAUGUGGAUGUCAUGGUAGCAGCGCUCGAUGACUCGAAGACGGUCUGGGCAUUGAGCUUGGCGAACUGCAACUUGCACCCGCCAUCCAUGGCCAAGCUGUUCCCGGCACUGGUCAGCCUGCCAAAUUUCAAAUUCCUCGACCUUUCACACAACCACGAUCUGUUCGAGUCAGAGCCUAGUGCUUUAGGGUUGCUGCGCAGAAACUUGCCCAAGAUGCAUAAUCUCAGGAGGCUGCACCUGGCAGAUGUCUCCAUGUCGUCCGAGCAGGCGAUUGCAUUAGCCGAGAUAUUACCAGAGGCAAGCACCUUGGCACACAUAAACCUACUGGACAACCCUGCUCUUGAAGUUCUGGCAGACGCCAAGACCGAAGCCAACCAAGAAGAGGCAUGUGCUUUAUACGCUUCACUUUUGGCUGCUGCCCGCGUGUCCAACACUCUCAUCAAGAUCGACAUCGACGCUCCCAGUGCUGCAUCAGGAGAGAUUGUGAAGGCUCUGGCAAACCAGGUUCUGGCUCAUUGUCUCAAGAAUCUGCAGGGUGUGCCUGAGUUUGCAGACUCAGCUCCUACAGACUCAACUGAGACUGGGGCUAUAUCGUUUAAGUAUCCAGACGUGCUACGCGAUCUCGUUGGCCAAGAGGAGGACGACUAUCCGAUAAUCGCAAGCGUAGAUGGUCAUCCCGCUGCGGACGAGGACUAUGUGAUUGGUGGGACUGGUGUUGCCAAGGCCCUCGCUUGCGUGCUGAAGAAUCGCGGCGACGACACCCGGCGACCUUCAGGAGAAUUCCUCCGGGAACCCGAAACACCAAGGAGCCCGUCACGCGGCAGACUUCCACCAGGCAAGGCCAAGAACAUGUCGAAGCAUCUCCUUAUGGCGGCCCGUAAGAUCCAGGUGCGCUUACAGCCAGCUUUGGCAAGAGCCAAGGCAGCUGCUAGUGCCGAUGUGAACAAUUACAACCGGUUGAUGUUCUUGAACCAGACCAUCAUGGACAUCAUAACACGGUUCGAGGACGAGUUCCCCGAGACAAAGCAAUAUGAUGCCGCCGAACUCACAGCAUCCGAUCCGAAGCCUGCGGCAGCACCCAGGAUUGAGACCUCAGUGCCUGCGGAACACGACGUCAUAUCAGACACGGAGGAUCUUGAGACAGACGUACGCACGCCAUCACAUUCAAGGUCCAACUCAGUCAUGUCCAGCACGCACAAGGCCAUCGCCGAGGAAGAAGGCCGCAUGCUACGUGCCGGCCACCACGUCCGACGCGGUUUUCUUGGGCCAGAACAUUAUGAGAUGUUCCUCACUGCAGUUGAGCAGAGCGUCGACCCAUCACAUGUCACCACGAUAUCAGUCCUCUGUGAUGAGAUUGCCGAGGAGGACGAGAGCUUCCGCGAGAUUCUUCGGGAGAAGGGCCCUAUGCGGACCUUCAAGGAACAUCGCGAGUACAUUCUCGGCAAGCUCCGGGACAAAGACCCAGAAUACUGGGAGCGUUUUAUAGAGGCGCAGGAAAAGGCCAAGGCCAACAUCAAACCAGACGGUGCGAGCGGCGGCGGUGGCUCAGCCGCAUCCUCAAUCAACCACAACGCCACGCCCGCGGCCGAGGCGGCCGCCGCGAUUCGGGAGGCCAGGGGAAGCAUCGCAAUGGACGAGGAAGCCGUUUCCGACUAGAAGUCGAGGGCUGUUCGCUCGCUGUAUAUCCAUGCUGGGAAAUGGAAGAGGAGAGCGAGGCAAGGAAGGGCCACUACGGGGUCGCCUCGGGCUCAGUCACCGAGAGCGGGAGACCCGAUGGAAACAUCUUGUGUACAACACGACAAAGAUUCGAAAGCAGAAUAGCGGGAGUUUACUUCACUUGAGUCGUAGCAUUUACACCAUAUAGCACAAACGUUCUAACCUUGUUUUUGUCCUUGUUUCCACUCCCUCUUA